GGAAGAUGAGAAGGGAAGUAAGGGAAAAGAAAAAGGAAAGGAAGAUAAUGUUCCAAAAGCUGAAGAAGCUGAUGUAGACAAAUCACGUGACAAAGAUAAUAAAUUGAAAAGAUUUAUAGUUUUGAAUACUCAUGGGAUAUAUAAUUUUAAAUUUAGUGAUAAUUAUGAUUCUUUUAAAAUGGAUGAGAAAUUUGAAUAUCCAGAAAGUUUAAAAUGUAGAUUGAAUUAUUAGUAUACGGAUAGAAAUGAAGGUUGCAUGAGACGACUUCUUUCGUGUAUCUAUGAUAAUUAUUUUUUGGUCACAUUAUACAAAAAAGAUAUUGAAUCAUUCGAAGUUUAUAAUUUCGAAAAAAUGGAAUUAGUAACUACUGCAAAAAGAAUUAGAAAAGAGGAUGAAUUAUAUAAUUUUGUAAAGAAACACGACUAUAAUAUCUUUAACAGAUUUACAAUUGGUAAAUUGCAUUUUUGCUUUACUCAAGGAAAUAAUACUAUUAAGUUAUAUUGUAUGGAAAAUGGUUUACAAGUCGUAUCAAAGAAAUUUUAUGAAAUAGAGAAAAUACAUUUACUAGAAUUUAUUGAUUGUGAUAAAAAAUUACUUAUAAUAGGAAGCUUAAAAAAUGAAGAAAAGAUAAUAGAUAAAAAUCAAAACUCAGAAAAAAAUGAAAAAAAGUGCAAGUUUAAGUUUAUAGUUUGGGAUUUGUAUAAAACUGAAAGACCUAUAAUAGAUGAUUUCAUUUAUUUGCCAAUAAUUACUAAUGCAGAUAUUGUAAAGCAUUUAGCUAGUACUUCAGGAAAUGUUUUACAAAUUGAUGAUGAUGGAAAAGUUUUAUCAGUUGUUAAAAAAGUUGAAGAAAUGCUAAAACAAAAAAAGCAAGAAGAUAAAAAGAAAAAAGUGAAAAUUUAUUCAGUUGAACCAAUAGUUAGUAUUAGUGAAAUGGAACCGUGGGUAUUAGAUGAAAAUGAUGAAAGUAGUAAUAAAUGUUAUAAUCUUUAUCAAAAUGACAAAGAAGCAGAAACUUUACAACUUAUUGUUGGCAGAUCAACUGUUCAAAUUUGGCAUCAAAUUAAAAAUGAAGAUAAUCCUAACAAAGGAGAACCAUUUCUUGAAUUUAUAUGGACAAAUCAUAUUCCAGUAUAUCAAGAAAAAAAAGCAACAAAAUUACAAAUUAAAAAAUUUGAAAUGUAUGAAUGUGAAUCAAAUAAUAAAUCAAAUAUUAAAAUAAAAGAUUUUUAUUUAGAGGUUUGUUGGUAUAAAAGAAAUAAGGAGUGUUCUAAUACAAUAAAGACAGAGCAAAAUAUAAAUCAUAUAAUAGAAGAAGAAGAUAAUGAAAUAGAUAAAAUUGAAAAUAAAAAAUAUAAAAAAGUAAUUCAACGAAAAGAUAUUAUUGAAAAAUUUUAUAUAGUAAAGCAUGCAUGUAAAGCAUUAGAACAUUUUAAUAAACGUUAUAUUAAUAAAGACUUUGUAGAUAAUUAUAUCAGAGUACGUAAUUAUGAGGAAAUGAUUACUUAUAUUAAACAUAUAGUAUGGAAAUUUGUUAAAUAUGAGCCACAAAACUUUAAAUUAUUAGAUGUUCGAUACAAUAUUAUGAAAAAUUUAAUACUUGGUGAUUGUGAUAAUUUAAUAAAAUUUAUAUUAUUUGGAGAUGAUAAAAUCUAUAAAAAUAAAAAUAAGGAAAUUGGACAUAUACCAAGUAAUAAAUUAUGGCCAGGAAAAAAGUUUUUGAAAGAUGAUGAUUUAAAUUUUGAUAAAAGAAAAAAUGAGUCAAAAGAUAUUAGUAAUGAAUUACAAAAUAACAUGGAAUUGGCAAUUUAUCAUUAUAAAGGAAAAGAUACAACUAUUGUUGCUUGUCUUUUAGAAUAUUAUUCUAAUCAUGCAAUGGAUGAUGCAGGUUGGAUGUGCACUGUUUCUAAAGCAAUUCCUUUAUUAUUUGAAUAUAAUUAUGACGAUUAUAUAAAAAAGUUAUUUCUUAAAGAAUGUUUUGCAGGACAUACUCAUAAUUCUGUUGAAAUUUCAGUAAAUUUUUUAACAUUUAUUAAAAGUCGAAUAAGUAAUUUCUUAACAAGUCAUAAUAAUGAAUUUAGAUCAUUUGAAAUAGAUAAGUUGAAAACUGAAUUUUUCAAAAAUAAAAAAUCAAAGCUUAUAGAAUCACCAUUAUUACGAAUAGUUCCUCUUCCCAAUUUUAUUAUAAAUAAUAUUAAGGAGAAAAAAGAAAUGAAUUUUUUAAAAAAAGGUUAAAAGUAUUUUAUUUUUAUUAAUACCACGAUGGUAUAAAAUUACUAAUAAAGAAAAUGAAUUAAGCCCUUUUUCUAGAAUGUUGCUAUUUGAAAAUCAUGAUAUUUAUAAUAAUCUAGCAAUUGAAGCAGUUAUUGAUUUUCAUUGGAGAAGAGCAAGAUCAUAUUACUUUUUUUCUCUUUUUCUUCCAUUUCUUAUUUUUGCUAUUUGUUUUGGAUUAAUUAGUUGGGCAUAUUUGAAUCAUAGUACUAUUAUUAAUCACCAAUUUUUAUUUAUAAUAAUUAUUUUAUUUUAUUAUUUGGCAUUUUAUCUAUUUUUUACUGAAAUAUUACAACUUUU